UUCAGCUUAUUUCUGAUUGUUUCAAACAAUUUAAAUUCUGAUUAUUUUGUCAACUAUGUCACAAAAACUUACAACAUUCACCACGAACAAUAUAAACCCUAAUGCGGGUCAAUCGUCAAUAACGGAAUUAUCCACAUUAUCCCGAUUCAACGAUCUCUCCCUAUCCGGGUUAAAAUCCGUGAAAGAAAGUUCCCUGCACAACUCCGGUACGCCGAAAGACAGUGGCAAUGAGAGUGAGAACGAAAUAGAGCUCAGCGGAUAUCGUCGAAUACGGACCGUGGGACAAGGCUCGUUCGGGGUUGCCGUUCUGUACGAGCGGAGCCUGGACGGUCAGGUGGUGGUGAUGAAGCAAAUCAAUCUCUCCGAUUUGACCAAGUCCGAGCGGGACCUGGCGAUGAACGAGGUCGAUGUGUUCUCAAAGCUGCACCAUCCGAAUAUAAUCGCCUAUUUGGGUAGUUUCGUUCGAGGAGAUUUCCUCUUCAUAGAGAUGGAAUUCGCUGAUAAGGGUACUUUAGCUCAAAUAUUGAUCGAGAAAAGUCACGGUGAACGUUUACCGGAGCGAUUUAUUUUGAACAUUUUUGAGCAGAUUACAAGCGCGAUAAACUAUAUGCAUUCGCAGAACAUUUUGCAUCGCGAUUUGAAGACGGCGAAUGUGUUUAUGAACAAGCGAGGGAUUGUUAAGAUCGGUGACUUCGGCAUCUCGAAAAUCAUGAGCACAAGAAUCCACGCCCAAACUGUGCUGGGCACUCCGUACUACUUCAGUCCGGAGAUGUGUGAAGGCAAGGAGUAUGAUGAGAAAAGUGACAUCUGGGCACUCGGAUGUAUUGUCGGCGAGAUGGCAUGCUUUAAAAAAGCCUUCAGUGCUACGAAUUUGUCCGAGCUCGUUUCGAAGAUUAUGACAGCAAAGUACGUUCCACUACCGGAAGGCUACUCCAAUACACUGAAGCACGUGUUGAGCCUGAUGUUGAAAAUAGACCCACAGGAUAGACCUUCCGCUUCUGAAAUCUUACAGUACUGGAUCCCACAUGUCUAUCGGAAUUUGGGAAAAACCGACGGCUUCAAGUACGUAGCAACCGAUUAUCAUGGCAACACUAAGAUGUCGCCGGAAGAGAGCCAGAUUGGUAUGUCUACGGCACCAGCGAACGCCUCGUUGAUGGGUACUGCAACUCUAAAUUACAUGGAAGCGUCUACGGCCACCACCAGUAACCUGCCGUUGGUAGAACGAUCGGUGCUUUAUCAGCUCAAAUCUUUUGGAAGUGCUACCAAUUUGACCCCACUGCAACUACCUCCUACAGGAAAAAUACGUCAAAUUGCUACAAAUGGAGAUCAUUUUGUAGCCGUCAUGUAUGAUGGCUCUGUGUACACCUGGGGUGAAGGAAACAAGGGUCAACUGGGCCACAACGCCUUGGAAACGUGGCGCCAUUAUCCCACCAGGGUAGAUGCAAUACGACGGUACACCGUGGUUGGGGCAGCUACGGGAAACGGUUUCACCUUGUUCUGGACAGAUCUAGGGGUGGUCCUAAGUUGCGGUGAUAAUUCGGCUGGAUGUCUGGGCCAUGGCGAUCGAAUAUCGCUUCUGGUUCCAAAGAUAGUUCAAAAGUUAAAUAAUAUUUGCAUAAGGCAGGUGGCUUGUGGUUCUCAGCACGUGGUCGCUCUCUCCGAUGGUGGCAAUUUGUAUACCUGGGGUUCAAGCAAUGAUGGUGCCCUGGGCCUUGGGAAACAGAUACUAGUCAGUACCGAACCUCGACGCUUAAUCAUUUCACAAAUGAUACAGGAUAUUCGGAGGAUCUGCUGUGGUCCGGAUUGUACGAUUAUUUUGACCGAAGGUGGAACGUGUUACUGCUGUGGCAGCAAUAGAUAUAACCGACUGGGAUUUGGAACCAGAAUUGUCCAAAUUACGGCUUUACAAAGGGUUACGUUUGUCAAUGAGAAAAUAAUUGAUGUUAGUGUUGCUGAAACUUUUGGAGCAUAUUUGAUCGAUGGAGGCUACGUCAUCACUGCAGGGGACAAUAGAAAUGGACAACGUGGGCUGGGACAGACGGAUGAGACGGGGGAUCCUACUUUACUGAAGAACUUAUUGCCACGUUUUAUCACGAGAAUUAGGUGCUAUUCAACAUAUGUAGUGGCAACAUCAGACGACAAUUGUGUGUUGUUUUGGGGUACAAGAUUAGGAAUACCGGAAACUGGUCAUAACUCAACAUUGGAUGCUGCAAAUAACAAUCAUCCCAACAAAGUACCGGACAAUUCAUCAAUUGAAAAUAACACAGCUGCAUUCACAAACUUUCUGACAUCUGUUUAUAAAUACGAGACAAUAUUGGACCCUAUAGAUAUUCUGGCUCUUUACUCCUCGAAGCAACAACAGGACAAAGGCAGUUAUGUCAAGCUAAUGGAUGUUCAUCCCUUGAUGCAUAGCACUCUGAUUGUGGUGGAUACCACGUGCCCUCUUGUUUAGAUACGUGAAGUUGAAAGCUUUCCAAAAAUCAGUGAAUGUAACAGUGAUAAAAGUUCAAAAGUUUGAAUAUGUUUUACUUCUAAGAUUUGAAUAUAAUCUGUGUGCAUUGGUAAGGAGAUGAUUCAACUUUUCAGUGAAUAAAUGUUUCU